AUUGACUUCUGUUGAGUAUCCUGCAGACUAAAUAUAUUGACGUUUGUCAUUGUCAAUUUGGAAAAAUAUUUCAUUUUUGAUUACAAAACCUAUCAAAUUUUAAACCCACAGGAACUAAAACAUAUUGAUGAAUGAUACCUAAUUCGAAAAUAAAUUAAACCUAAUUUUCCAAAAAUGUGGGAUUCCACUAUGUUUUUGAGUACUUUAACUCCAAAGUUUUAUGUAGCUUUAACUGGUACAUCAUCUCUUAUCUCAGGUCUUAUUCUAAUAUUUGAAUGGUGGUAUUUUCGAAAAUAUGGUACAUCAUUUAUUGAACAAGUAUCAAUAAAUCAUAUUAGUCCAUGGAUCAGCGGUGACUAUGAAAGCAGUAACUCAACAAAUGGAAGCCCAACUAAUGUUCAGCCUCAGGUACCGGAGUGUAAAGUAUGGAGGAAUCCACUAAAUUUAUAUCGUGGGGCAGAAUAUCAGAGAUUUUUUUGGGCCACUAAUAAGGAGCCACUCACAUACUAUGAUAUGAAUCUGUCUGCACAAGAUCAUCAAACAUUUUUCACAUGUGAAGCAGAUGCAGGUAAAGCAGAAUAUGAAAUAAUGCAGACAGCUUGGAGAGAAAGAAAUCCUUCAGUCAGGUUGAAAGCAGCCCACAGUGCCCUUGAAAAAAACUCUGAAUGUGCUCCAGCAUAUAUUCUGUUAGCAGAAGAAGAGGCGACAACUAUAACUGAAGCAGAGAGAAUUCUAAGGCAAGCUCUGAGAGUGGCUGAAGCUAAUUACAGAAGGUCACAAGCCUUACAGCAUCAAGGUACCUUGAUGGAAGCUCAACACAGGCGGGACACAAAUGUCCUCAUUUAUAUAAGACGCCGACUAGCGAUGUGUGCCAGAAAGUUAGGUAAAGUCAAAGAAGCAGUAAAAGUGUUUCGGGAUCUAACGAAAGAAGUACCUCCAAUUAUGCACGUCCUUAACAUACACGAGAAUCUCAUAGAAGCCCUAUUGGAAAUGCAAGCGUAUGCCGACGUACAAGCAGUCUUGGCGCGAUACGAUGAAAUCUCGCUUCCAAAAUCCGCAACCAUAUGCUAUACAAGUGCAUUGUUAAAAGCUCGAUUAGUCGCGGAUAAGUUCUCGCUAGAUGUCGCUAGUAAACGUGGUUUAAAUAAUGCCGAAAUGGCUGCCGUGGAGGCGAUACACCGAGCAGUAGAGUUUAAUCCCCAUGUUCCUAAAUACCUCUUAGAAAUGAAGCCCUUGAUCUUACCUCCUGAACACGUUUUAAAACGAGGCGAUUCUGAAGCUCUAGCGUACGCAUUUUUCCAUUUAUCUCAUUGGAAAGCUGUCGAAGGAGCUUUGAAUUUACUUUACUGCACCUGGGAAGGAACCUUCAGGAUGCUUCCAUAUCCUCUUGAAAAAGGCCAUUUAUUUUAUCCAUACCCUACAUGUACAGAAUGCGCCGACAGAGAGUUACUCCCUCCAUUCCACGAGGUUUCCGUUUAUCCAAAAAAGGAACUUCCAUUUUUUAUUAUCUUUACAGCAGGACUAUGUUCCUUUACAGCUCUACUGGCGUUACUAACGCAUCAGUAUCCGGAGCUGAUGGGAAUCUUCGCCAAAUCGGUGGUCAGUUGGAUGUCAAUGCCAAUCUAUUAUUUGUAUGAGAAAGUAGAGGGAGUCUUGCCGAGUAAUUUACUUCAACAAUUGAUACGAAUUUAGUUGUCUAACAGAAGUGGUUGUGUUGUUGUAAUUUGUCUCUUUCGUUAGCGUCAAUUAGAAAGUAAAGUAUUUAUUUUUAUAUAAAAAUGUUUUAAAACU